AUGUCUAACUUGCGUGAUUUAACUGGACAAAAAUGCAGUCUACUUACAGCACUUAUAUUGCAACUUAUUGGUUUAGCAAUUACAUACAAACUAUUAGAAAACAAACAAAAUUUUGCCCUUGGUGCUUAUUUGCGCACACGAAAAAAUAACUUGCAACGUAAGAAAAAACUUGCUAGGCAAAGGCUUAUGAACAGAAAAUCUAGAAAUUUAUGGGUGGAAAAGGGGAGAACUGAUUUAUGGUGGCAAAAUAUGAUUGAACCAAAUGUCCCUGAAACUUGCUGGAAAAGAAAUUUCCGAAUGACAAAGGGAUGUUUUCUAGAGCUUGCUGCUAUUAUAGAUACUGUUAUAAGUCCUCAACCUAACUGUCUAAAUUAUUGUUUUUUAACUACACACAAAAAACUCGCAAUAACCAUUUAUUAUUUAAAGGAUACUGGUUCCCUUUGGAUGACAGCCAAUGUUUUCGGCAUUUAUCAAUGUACUGCUUCAAAAACUGUAAAAAUUGUAUGUGAUGCCAUAAAUAAUAUCGUUGGUCCUAUAUAUUUACAUCUACCUAAAAAUAAAGAGAAUAUGACGAAAUUAGCUUCACAGUUUGACGUAAAGUUCGGCAUUAUACAAGCCUUUGGAUGCAUUGAUGGCGCUCAUAUCCAAAUUAAACGUCCUAUUGAAAACGGUCAAGACUAUUUUUGUUAUAAGCAAUAUUUUUCAUUAAAUGUACAAGCGGUAUGCGAUAGUAAAGGAUAUUUUAUUGAUGUUGAAUGCAAAUAG